GGGAGGCCCCGGAUGUUCGUUGGGGUUUCAACAUGGCGGCGGCAGUAGCCGCGGCGGCGGCGGCGGCGCGAGACAGCUGAAGGCGGUGCGCGAGCCCUGAGUUCCGGGCCGGGUAGCUAGGCCGCGAGCGACCGCGGCGCCAAGCCGAUGAUUAACUCAAAGCCCCAGGAGGAGACGUCACCCACGCAAGGGUGUUUUUAGUCCAGCCAGCUUCAGACCAGGUGCCUGUGAGAGUCCAAGCCACCCACGUUCGCACACUUGCUGUGCUAGGGCCCUGGAACCAUGUUUGGAAAGAAGAAGAAGCGGGUGGAGAUCUCGGCCCCAUCCAAUUUUGAACAUCGUGUGCACACGGGCUUUGACCAGCAUGAGCAGAAGUUCACAGGACUGCCCCGCCAAUGGCAGAGUCUGAUUGAGGAGUCAGCACGCCGACCCAAGCCCCUCAUCGACCCCGCCUGCAUCACCUCCAUCCAGCCUGGCGCCCCCAAGACCAUCGUGCGGGGCAGCAAAGGCGCCAAGGAUGGGGCCCUCACGCUGCUGCUCGACGAGUUUGAGAACAUGUCGGUGACGCGCUCCAACUCCCUGCGCAGAGACAGUCCACCACCACCUGCGCGUGCCCACCAAGAGAAUGGAGUGCUGGAGGAGCGGGCAGCCCCAGCCAGAGUGGCCGCAGACAAGGCUGGAGGAAGAACCCGGGCCACAGGCCACAGCGAGGCAGGCAGUGGUGACAGGCGGCGUGCGGGGCCGGAGAAAAGGCCCAAGUCUUCGAGGGAGGGCCCAGGAGGGCCCCAGGAGGCCUCCCGAGAUAAGCGCCCUCUCUCGGGGCCUGAUGUUAGCACCCCCCAGCCUGCCAGUCUGGCCAGCGGGGCGAAACUAGCAGCUGGCAGACCUUUUAACACAUACCCACGGGCUGACACGGACCACCCACCCCGGGGUGCCCAGGGGGAGCCACACAACGUGGCCCCUAAUGGGCCAUCAGCCACGGGCCUGGCUGCCCCUCAGUCUACAUCAUCCUCCCGGCCUCCCACCCGAGCCCGUGGUGCUCCCAGCCCAGGCGUGCUGGGCCCCCAUGCCUCUGAGCCCCAGCUGGCUCCCCCAACACGUGCUCUUGCUGCCCCUGCUGCACCCCCUGCCCCUGGGCCCCCUGGACCCCGCUCACCACAGCGGGAGCCCCAGCGAGUGUCCCACGAGCAGUUCCGGGCUGCUCUGCAGUUGGUAGUGGACCCAGGGGACCCACGUUCCUAUCUAGAUAACUUCAUCAAGAUUGGUGAGGGCUCCACAGGUAUUGUGUGCAUAGCCACCGUGCGCAGCUCAGGCAAACUGGUGGCUGUUAAGAAGAUGGACCUACGCAAGCAGCAAAGACGUGAACUGCUCUUCAAUGAGGUGGUGAUCAUGCGGGACUACCGGCAUGAGAACGUGGUGGAGAUGUACAACAGCUACCUGGUGGGCGACGAGCUCUGGGUGGUCAUGGAGUUCCUGGAGGGAGGCGCCCUCACUGAUAUUGUCACCCACACCAGGAUGAACGAGGAACAGAUUGCCGCCGUGUGCCUGGCUGUGCUCCAGGCGCUGUCUGUGCUCCACGCCCAGGGCGUCAUCCACCGGGACAUCAAGAGUGACUCCAUCUUGCUGACCCACGAUGGCCGGGUGAAACUGUCCGACUUUGGGUUCUGCGCCCAGGUGAGCAAGGAGGUGCCGAGAAGGAAGUCACUGGUGGGCACACCCUACUGGAUGGCCCCAGAGCUAAUCUCCCGCCUUCCCUAUGGUCCAGAGGUGGACAUCUGGUCACUGGGAGUGAUGGUGAUCGAGAUGGUGGAUGGGGAACCCCCCUAUUUCAACGAGCCACCCCUUAAAGCCAUGAAGAUGAUUCGGGACAACCUGCCACCCCGACUGAAGAACCUGCACAAGGCCUCGCCAUCUCUGAAAGGCUUCCUGGACCGCCUGCUGGUGCGUGACCCAGCCCAGCGGGCCACUGCUGCUGAGCUACUGAAGCACCCAUUCCUCACUAAGGCAGGACCACCAGCCAGCAUCGUGCCCCUCAUGCGCCAGCACCGAACCAGAUGAGCCGGAGCCGGGUCCUGAACCAAAGAGCCCUAGGCCCCCCUGCCCAGCAGUGGCCAGUAGGGACCAACCCGCUCCCACAGCCCAUGAGACACUGUGGAGAGCCACCAUCACUGUGCUGGGGGUUUUGUGGGACCCAACUACUGAACUCUGGUUUUGGUUCCGGGACUUGUAAAGCAGCACCGGGACAUGUGGGAGCGAGCGAGGCUCCUGGGUCCCUCACCCUCCAGGACAGACCCCUCCCCUGUGCUCGUCCACAGGAGAGAAGGUAGCUGCCCCAUCACUGGAAAUCUGCAUCAGGGGCCACUGGGGACACAGAUGACACUAUGAGAAAGGUAUAUGUGGUGGGAGAGAGAGAGUGGUGUGUGUGUGUGUGUGUGUGUGCGCGCGCGCAUGUUUAGAAAGUCCACCUCCUCUGUCCUCAGUCUGCCAGUAGGGAACUCGGGCCUUGCCUGUGCCCAGCCCCUGACCCUGAGCAAUUGAAGGGUCAAUCAUGAAUGUUUGAAGAGUGGCCUUUUCCCAGAGCCCCACACCCUCUUUCCACAGGAGAGAUGGGUUGGGCUUCCCCUUCCCCACUCUCUGCAGCAAAUGACUACUGCACCUGGACAGCCUCUGUUUUCUAGGAUUCUAUUUAUAUUGUCAUUUUAUAACACUACCCAGGUCUCCUCCUGGGGACAGAUGGUCCCUGACCUAUGGGGUGGCCCAGGGACAGAGCCACUUUGAAGAAUCAGGUUCCAGUCCCCCAUCCCCCCCCCCCCCCCUCUCCCUCAAGUUAGUUUUACAAUUAAAACAUUUUUUUGUUU